GGCGUGGCGGCGCGGCGCGGGCUGCCUGCCGGGCCCGCCCAGCCCCUCACAGCCGGUGCUGAGGUGGCCCGAGGAGGUGGCGGGCGCCGGGGCUCGCGUUCCCGCUCGCGCUCGAUCUCUUGGCCAUGGAGACGCUGCGGGAGCCCCUGAGCGGGAAGCUGCGGCUCUGCUUCACCCCCGCCCACCGCACCAGCCUCCUGCUGCUGCGGCUCAACGACGCGGCGCUGCGGGCGCUGCAGGAGUGUCAGCGGCAACAGGUCCGGCCGGUGAUCGCUUUCCAGGGCAGCCGAGGGUACCUGAGACUCCCAGGCCCUGGCUGGUCCUGCCUCUUCUCCUUCAUGGUGUCCCAGUGUGGCCAGGAGCUGGGCGGCGGCGGCUUGGACCUUGUGUGCCAACGCUUGGGCAGAUCUGGGCCCAACCGCCUCCACUGCGUGGGCCCGCUCAGGGAGCGCCUCACUAUCUGGGGAGCCAUGGAUUCUAUCCCAGCCCCCUCUUCAGAUCAGGGGCACCACCUGGCUGAAGACGCCAGACACCCUGAAAGCUGGCAGACCGCGGAAGACAAUGCUGAAGGAGCUGGCUGCUCACAGUCACGGAUGGCACUAGAAGAGGUGCUCGAUCCCCUGGCAAGCAGCCAAGGACGGUCACUCCCAGGAUCCUCAAGGGAACACUUGGCACAGUGGGAAGUGAGGAACCAGACCCAUCUUGCAAACAGAGAGCCUGACCAGUCGCUGCCUUCCUCUGCUAGCCGGAAACAUCUAGACAAGAAACGUCCAGCACCUGCAGCUACUCUAGAGCUAACAGAAAAGAGGCUCAGAACUCUGUCUCCAGAUUCAAGUCCCCUACAGGGGUUGUCAGAUCAGAAUCUACAAGAGGGAGAUGACUGGGAGCAAGAAGAUAAAGAGGAAGACAUGGGUCCCAGAUUAGGGCACAGUCCCUCAGCUCAAGCAGACUCUGAAUCCCCUGAAGAGGUACCAGAUUACCUUCUGCAAUACAGGUCCAUUCACAGUGCAGAGCAGCACCGUGCCUAUGAGCAGGACUUCGAGACAGAUUAUGCGGAAUACCGGAUCCUGCAUGCUCGUGUUGGGGCUGCAAGUCAACGGUUCAUAGAACUGGGGGCAGAGAUUAAGAGAGUUCAGCGAGGAACCCCAGAACACAAGGCCCUGGAAGAAAAGAUAGUACAGGAAUAUAAAAAGUUCAGGAAGCGAUACCCAGGUUACAGGGAAGAAAAACAUCGUUGUGAGUACCUGCAUCAGAAACUAUCCCACAUUAAAGGUCUCAUCCUGGAGUUUGAGGGAAAAAACAGGGGCAGCUGAAGCUGUCAAUUGAGUGGGCUCUCGACUCUGCCCAGCGAGAUGAGGAAGAAGCCGUUUAUAAGCAGAGUGCAACUGUUCUUACUGCUGAGUCCAUGUUGGCAAGUAGGGACACUUUCUAGGUUCCUAGGUUUGAUUUUCAUUGUUGCUGUAUCUUAGUUCUUAGGGUGUGGGCACAGCGUCAAGACUCCAAGCUCUGCCGAGUGACUAGGGAAGUAGCAGGCUUGGCUUCUUUAUCUUUAGUCAUUUUCAGAUCCUGAGAAGUGACACUAUUUCCAGAACAGGAUACCUUGAGGACAUUAGACUAAUUAAGCUGGGAAAGGGCUUCGGUGUUUAUUCAUGUACUAGAAGUGAAUUCUUUGACAAACAUGGCUAAAUAAUUAAAAACUGA